AUGAUCUCUUCAAUCGCUACCGUCAUCGUCGCCUCAGCUGCCGCCGUCUCUGCUGGUGUCAUCUCCAAGCGUGGCCAGAGCAUCAGCGUCACCCCCCAUGAUCAGUACUCUUCGACCAUCGGUGUCAUUGGGGGCAUGAUCAACGCCAACCGUGUUGCCUACUGGCCCACAUAUCCCUCCUGCGACAACAUCUGCGUCAAGGUGUCUUACCAGGGCCGCAGCCUCAACCUCCUCCAUAUUGACAAGUCUGGUGGCGCCCACGACAUCUCGUACGAUGCCUGGAACUACCUUGUCUCUGGCAAGUCUGCCAAGGAAAGCCCUCAGACGGGAGGCGGCAUCACCAUGGAGUAUGAGGACGUCCCUGCCGACGAUUGCAAGGACCUCCUCCACAACGACAAGUUGCCUCUCAUUGCCGUCAACGGCAUGUCAUAUAUCGGUGGUUGCGACAAAAACAGCUGGGCUGUCAAGAACUACGAGUUUUACAACCUCGCGGACACUCAGGGCACAUCUGGCUGGGACGAGCUCUGCACUCUCGACCUGGCUGUCAGCAACCAGCCAAAGUGCCCUCAUACCCUUGGUGGGCAAAACAAACCUACUGGCGUCGAAGUCGUCAACAUUCAGUACGGCACUGGCAAGGAGGUGAAGGCUACUUAA